AGGGGGCAGCAGUGUGACUCCAGACGCUUGAUAAUAAGCCGCCGGGAUCCACCGAGGAAGCGGAGGCGACCAUGUUGAUUUAAAGAAAGAAGAAACACAAUAGAGACAAUUUAUUUCAGGGUAUUUAGAACUAAGUUAGAAGAAAGUUGUUGGUUCACUGCACUCAGAGCAUCGUUCGUAAAGUUACAGAAGAUUUCAGGUGGGACGUUUGAGUUGUCGGUCUGGAUUUUUUGGAGGCGGGGAGUUUGCAACGCUGCACGCUUCGGGCCGUCCGGAUCAUCUGUGCUGUCGACGCAGAGGAGGACUAAAACCGGAGCACAAAGGAACCACGCUGAGGACUCGACAAGGGCGGAAAGCUUCUCUGCUUUGGACUAAAAACCUUGUUGGAUCUUUAUUUUUUUCCACAUAUGAAGUAACAGAACCUCUCCCCGUGGAAAUAAACGAAAUACUGAACUUCUGGGGACGACCUUGUACAAAGUUGAAAAUCCUUUUCCGGAUCAGGGAUAUGCAGCAGCUCUCUCGGACUCGCAGUAAAAAGCAGAGAUAUUGUUGAUGAUCUAAACAGAAAUAUUGACCUGAGCUCAUUUUGCUGCAGAUUGCCUUAGUUGUUCUGUUUCAGGACUUGAACCACUUUGAUGCUUGUUCACGUAUAAUUUUUCUAUAUUGUGGACGAGUCUAUUUCUGCACGUUUGCAGAUUUCUCUUCAUUUUGAAGAGUUUUUGUGUAAAAACUGCGUAGUUUUUGUUGGCUGUGCGGCGGUUACUCUGUUGUUGAAGAGGACUGAGCUGCACGUGUGUGUGUGUGUGUGUGUGUGUGUGUGUGUGUAAAUAUUAUUGAGCCAUUUCUCGAACCGUUUCAGACACACAACGCUUUAUCGUUUUUUUUUUUACUUUUUUACUUACAAGAGAAUUAAAAAGAGACAGAAAUCUAUAAACAAACAGAAGUUUAGAAAAAAUGGCAACGGCCCGAACGGAAAAUCUUGGUCCGGUCAUGAUGGGACUGAAUAAGCAGAACGGGCAGCUCAGAGGACAGACCAAACCUGCUGUAGGACCACCAGCAUCAACUCAAGGAAAGAAUCCAGCCGGGAGCAACCAGGACGGAGGAGGAAUUAAGUUUGGAGACGACUGGAAGAAAUGCCUACAGCUCCCCCCAAAGGACAACAGGGUCAAAACCUCCGACGUCACGUCCACGAAGGGGAACGAGUUUGAAGAUUACUGCUUGAAAAGGGAACUCCUGAUGGGAAUCUUUGAGAUGGGCUGGGAGAAACCUUCACCUAUCCAGGAGGAGAGCAUUCCCAUCGCGCUGUCUGGACGGGAUAUUCUGGCUCGAGCGAAGAACGGAACAGGGAAAAGUGGAGCUUAUCUGAUCCCACUGCUGGAGAGGAUAGACCUGAAGAAGGACCACAUACAGGCCAUCGUCAUGGUGCCCACACGUGAGCUGGCUUUGCAAGUGAGUCAGAUAUGCAUCCAGCUCAGUAAACAUCUGGGAGGAGUCAAAGUCAUGGCGACGACCGGAGGAACCAACCUGCGGGACGACAUUAUGCGCCUGGAUGAGACGGUGCAUGUGGUCAUCGCCACGCCCGGUCGGAUCCUGGACUUGAUAAAGAAGGGCGUGGCGAAGGUGGACAGGGUCCAGAUGAUGGUGAUGGACGAGGCAGACAAACUGCUCUCUCAGGACUUUGUGGUGCUCAUCGAGGACAUCAUCAGCUUCCUGGCCAAGAACAGGCAGAUCCUGCUCUACUCAGCAACCUUCCCCAUUAGUGUUCAGAAGUUCAUGGUGAAGCAUCUUCAGAAACCCUAUGAGAUCAACCUGAUGGAGGAGCUGACCCUGAAGGGCAUCACUCAGUUCUACGCCUACGUGACGGAGCGACAGAAGGUCCACUGCCUCAACACGCUCUUCUCCAGGCUUCAGAUCAACCAGUCCAUCAUCUUCUGUAACUCCACUCAGAGGGUGGAGCUCCUGGCCAAAAAGAUCACUCAGCUGGGAUACUCCUGCUUCUACAUCCACGCCAAGAUGAUGCAGGAAUACCGGAACCGCGUGUUCCACGACUUCAGAAACGGGCUGUGCAGGAACUUGGUUUGCACCGAUCUGUUCACCAGAGGAAUCGACAUCCAGGCUGUGAACGUGGUCAUCAACUUUGAUUUCCCUAAAAAUGCAGAAACGUACCUUCAUCGCAUCGGAAGAUCAGGGAGGUUUGGUCACCUGGGUCUGGCCAUAAACCUGAUCACCUCAGAGGACCGCUUCAACCUGAAGGCCAUUGAGGAGCAGCUGGUGACCGACAUCAAGCCCAUUCCCAGCAGCAUCGACAAGAGCCUUUAUGUGGCCGAGUUCCACUCGAGCAGCGGCGACUGCGAAGUGGAGGAGGUGGAGGAGAGCCCUCAGCGCCAGCAGGACAGUACCUAAAACAGAGCAUCUUGACACUCCGGGCUUUAGCAGACAUCAUCACUUGAAGCAACUCUUCGUUUUCCUCAUCAUCCCUCUGCCAGAUCCUGCCCCACGGCUGGAAAUGCUGCUUUUAGUUCCUCAAACUUCUGCUUCUUGCUGUAAACUGUUGUUUUGCACCAGUCCAGAACCGGACUCUGAGAUCCAGAGUCAGUUUUCCUCUGCCAGCCGGUCCGUCAGUUUGUUUCCCAGAUGUGCACGCCCCCCCCCCCCCCCCCCAGCUGCCCCUCUGUUCACUGACACUGCUGUUGUCACUUAAGUGCCUUACUUCCUCCCUCGUGCAUGCCCCCUUCACGUCCUGCUGCAGCAGCAGAGUACGAGCACAAACGGCAACCCGUUUCAGCAUCCCUUAUGCAAGAAAACGACAAAACUGUCUCAUUCUCCUGCUCAGAGGUGUUUUUAAAGUGUUGCAAUAAAAAAGGCAGCUUUCUUUAAAUACUGCGUGACUGUUUUCCCCCUCCU